GAUUGUGCCAAACUCUUACCCCUCGUAGUUAUUGUAGGUUAACACAUUGCAGGGGAUAUCUUUCUUUUUUGAAAACUCUACUACCUGCGCUAGGCUAAGCAUAAUAUUAAUGUAACAGUAAGCAUGGAAAGCAAAACGACCACCCACUUAGCAAACCUCUUGCAGUCUUGCAUUGACAAGAAAUCCCACCUUGCCGGAAAACUCAUCCACGCAUUUAUCCUUCGUAUCGGCCUUGCUUCCGACUCCUUCCUCUCCAACCGCCUCAUUGAGCUCUACUCCAAAUGCGGGAAAAUCCAUUCUGCCCACCAAGUAUUCGACCAAAUUCCUCACAAAGGCGUGUAUUCUUGGAAUGCCAUCCUAGGAGCUCAUUGCAAAGCAGGAAAUUUACAUGAUGCCUAUACCUUGUUUGUUAAAAUGCCUGAAAGAAACACCGUGUCUUGGAACACUUUGAUUAGUGCAUUCGCUCGAAGCGGGUUUGAAAAAAAGGCAUUGGAUGCGUAUGAUUCAAUGAUUUCAGAAGCAUUUUUGCCGACCCGUUUCACGUUGGCGAGUGUAUUUAGUGCAUGUGGUGCAUUGGAGGAUUCUAAGAGUGGUAGGAGAUGUCAUGGUCUUGUUAUUAAGAUUGGCCUUGACGUGAAUAUGUACGUGGCUAAUGCUUUGUUGUGCAUGUAUGCAAAGUGUGGGCUGCUUAGGGAUGCAAUUCGAGUUUUUGAGGACAUGCCUGAGCAUAAUGAGGUCACAUUUACUGCGAUGAUGGGUGGGUUAGUGCAGACGGAUCGAGUUGUGGAAGCUUUGGAAAUGUUUAGACUGAUGUGUAGAAAAGGAAUUGGUAUCGAUUCUGUCUCAUUGUCGAGCAUUUUAGGUGUUUGUGCUAGAGGGGUAUGUGGAGACUUUGGUCAGGAUGAUCUCAAUGCCGUGCUUUCGUAUAAUGUACAUGGACAACAAGUUCAUGGCCUCACGAUUAAACUUGGAUUCGAGCGAGAUCUUCAUUUAAAUAAUUCAUUGCUUGAUAUGUACGCUAAGAAUGGGGACAUGGAUAGUGCCGAGAAGGUUUUUGCUAAUUUGUCGGAAGUCAGUGUUGUUUCUUGGAAUGUUAUGAUAGCUGGGUAUGGCCAGAAGUACCAAAGUGAGAAAGCUGUGGAGUACCUGCAAAGAAUGCAGUGUAGCGGUUUUGAUCCGGAUGAAGUCACCUAUAUUAAUUUGCUUGCAGCAUGCAUCAAGUCUGGGGACAUUGAAACCGGGCGUCGAAUGUUUGAUAGCAUGCCAUGCCCAAGUGUGAGUUCAUGGAAUGCCAUGCUCUCUGGCUAUGCCCAGAGUGGGAAUCACAAAGAGGCAAUAAAACUGUUCAGGGAAAUGCAGUUUCAAAGUGUGCAUUCUGAUCGGACUACAUUGGCCAUUAUCCUCAGCUCAUGUGCAGCAACAGGGCUUCUGGAGUCUGGAAAGCAGGUCCAUGCUGCCUCACAAAAGGCGUUUUUUCAUACUGACAUAUAUGUUGCCAGCGGACUAGUUGGCAUGUAUGCUAAGUGUGGGAAGACAGAGAUGGCAACUCGUAUAUUUUCUAACAUGUCUGAAUUAGAUAUUGUUUGUUGGAAUUCAAUGAUAGCUGGUUUUUCGUUCAAUUCUCUGGACAUGGAAGCUUUCACGCUCUUCAAGCAGAUGAGACAAAAUGGAAUGUGUCCCACCCAAUUUUCUUAUGCUACUGUUCUGAGUUGCUGUGCUAAAGUAUCUUCUUCAUUUCAAGGGAGGCAGGUUCACGCUCAAAUAGCAAAAGAUGGAUAUAUGAAUGAUAUCUUUGUGGGGAGUGCUCUUAUUGAUAUGUAUUCAAAAUGUGGUGAUGUAGAUGGGGCCCGAUGUUUCUUUGAUAUGAUGCCUGGCAAAAACACUGUCACUUGGAAUGAAAUGAUACAUGGGUAUGCACAGAAUGGACAUGGAUAUGAGGCUGUUUGUCUCUACAAUGACAUGAUCAGUUCAGGUGAGAAACCUGAUGGUAUAACAUUUGUUGCCGUCUUAACUGCUUGUAGCCAUUCUGGAUUGGUGGAUGUAGGCAUAGAAAUAUUCGAUUCAAUGCAUCAAGAACAUGGAGUUGAGCCUUUCCUGGACCAUUACACUUGCAUUAUUGAUUCUCUGGGCCGAGCUGGUCGAUUCCAUGAAGCAGAAAUGCUUAUAGAUAAGAUGCCAUAUAAAGAUGACCCAGUUAUAUGGGAGGUAUUGCUUAGUUCUUGUCGUGUUCAUGCUAAUGUGAACUUAGCAAAAAGAGCAGCAGAUGAACUUUUCCACCUGGACCCACAGAAUUCUGCCCCUUAUGUGCUUUUGGCCAAUAUCUAUUCUUCUUUGGGAAGAUGGGAUGAUGUGAAGGCUGUUAGAGAGCUGAUGAGUGAGAAACAAGUUAUUAAGGAACCAGGUUAUAGUUGGAUUGAUUAUAGGAAUGAGAUGCAAACCUAUAAGGUGGACAAGGAUCUUAGAAUGGUUAAUGUCAAAGCUCAAGCAGUAAGUGAUGGAAGUUUUUGCUAUAAUGGAUAGUACAAAGUCAAAGUUCCUACAGUGGGCCUAGUGUUUGUCAAGAAGGAUUCAUCAGCAUUUAAAGUGAAGACUGUAAUUAAGGUAGCAAGCAUAGCUGAUGAGGAUUUUUUUUAACAUUUUUAUGUUGACAGAUGAUUGGUUCUCACAAUGGAACUAUGAAGUUGAAGCUUCAUUAGUGCUUGACUGCAGGUCAUGAUUUUCUUCACUGCUACCGCUACAGACAAUUCAAAAGGCAGAGAGCAGCCACUAUGUGCGAGAAAAGCUUAUGGUCUGGACCAUAUUCAUAUCUCCACUCUGAUGCCAAGACCAAGACUUGGUAA